AUAAAAGAGCUCUCUUCUUGCUUUGAUUGCUAGCCAUGGCGACUGCUCUCAUCAACAUACUAGUCCUUCUUCUUCCGGUCUGCCUCGUCGCUCUUCAACUAGCCCAGUGCCAUAAUGAUAUCUUGCUAAUCCAGGACGUGGCCGACGACCCUUCUUCUCCUCCAUCAAUUGAUUGUGGGGAAGCAUGCAAGGGGAGGUGCCGGCUGUCGUCGAGGCCCAACCUGUGCAAGAGAGCGUGCGGGACUUGCUGCGAGCGCUGCCACUGCGUCCCGCCGGGAACCUCCGGCAACUACGACACUUGUCCCUGCUACGCUAACAUGACCACUCGAGGUGGAAAACACAAGUGCCCUUAAUUAAGAAGACUCAAGUACGGCGUCGUCAAGUCCUCCUUCUAAUGAUGAUAGCCAUGCAAAUUAUUAGUGAAGAAAUAAUUGUAGCCCGGAUUGCAAAGUGAAGAAAUUAUUCGUUAGCUUUGGUCUAUGCAUGCCGUGUAAUAUGUGAAUGCUCUUAUUUAUUUGUGUUGCGAGCUAUGCCAGGCAGCUUUACUCGAUCCAUUGGCGAGGCAAGCCGCAGAGUUAUAAGAUUGGGCUCCCAUUACGACAGACAGGCUACAUGCCCAUAGGUUACCGACCACUGAACCAAUUUUCACCUGCAGUUAGGGAUGGCAAUGGGUCGGGUUGGGU